AUGGCUGCCACCGAGGACUCUGAUAUUCCAGAGACCGGGGCAGUUUUCACCUUUGGCAAGAGCAAAUUUGCCGACAAUUUACCCAACAAAUUUUGGGUCAAGAAUGACAGAGUCACUCAAGUUGCUUGUGGGGAUGAGCAUACAGCACUUAUUGUUGAAUCAGGGCGUGUUUUUAUGUUUGGACUCAAUGACUGGGGUCAGCUAGGACUAGGUCAGGAGGUCAAGCCUGGAGUUAACAAGCCCAGCUGCAUAAAGACACUGAAGCAUGAGAAGUCCAAGCUAGUGGCCUGUGGGAGAAGUCACACGCUUAUAUCAACGGAAGCAGGCCACAUUUAUUCAUUUGGAAGCAACUGUGAAGGCCAACUUGGCAUUGCAGACGCACCUGACCAGUAUACUCCGAGACAUGUUGUGUCCCUGGUACCAGCACAUUAUACAAUGUUAUCUGCAGGCUCUGACAGUUCCAUGGCUUUAACAGAGGAUGGCAGGCUGUUUGUCUGGGGCGGCAAUGAGGAUGGAAAGCUUGGUCUGGGUGAAGACAUCCCAAGUUCCAGUGUUCCAGAGCAUUUGGAGUUUGACCAUCCUGUUGUAUGUGUGUCAUGUGGCUACUAUCAUACAGCUGUUGUCACUGGUGAUGGUAAGUUGUACACCAUGGGAGAAUCAGAUGGAGGCAAACUUGGCUUACCUGCAGAUGUCAAAAACACAAAAGUGCCAAAUCAUGUCACUGCCAUUCCAGAUCCUGUCAAAUGGGUGGCAUGUGGUAGUUCACACACCAUAGCCUUAACAGAAUUUGGAGAGGUCUAUGUGUUUGGUGAAGGAGAGAAUGGACAGUUAGGUCUAGGAACAGAAUUGUUGUCAACAUCUACUCCAACACAUCUGCAGCUGCCAUUCAAAGUAGCAUGGCUGUUUUGUGGCCAAGAUUUCACAGCAUUAAUAUCAGAAAAGGGUCAGUUGUACACAUUUGGAGAUGGAAGGUAUGGCAAGUUAGGGCAUGGCUCCGACCAGUACUCUAAUCUCUACAAGCCGAAUCACUGCAAGCGAUUCUCUCACUUCACAGUUGAAAAGGUAGCCUGUGGUGGUUGUCAUAUGAUUGUCACAGCUAGGAUACAAGAUGGAAAGAUCGAAAGCGAAGAUGAGGCAGAUGAGUUGAAAUUCCUAAAUGAUACCCUCAGCAAAUCAGAAGAGUCGCCUUCCUUAACCAGGUCGCUGUCGGCCCGAGAGAGAAGACGUAAUGAAUUACAGAAAUCUUACUCAGGUUUGAGCCAGACUCUUCCAGCCCUUGCAUCUUUCAGGGGCCUGUCUUCUCUCAACGCCACCAUGCCAGCUCUGAAGUCUUCCCAGCCAAAGAUCAACGGCCACCGUUUGAAUAAAACGGUUGUACCAAAACUUAACAACAUUCCUAAUGGUAAAGCGUCUCACAUUAACAGUUCUGAAGAGUCAGAAGAUGAGGAGGAGGAAAAGAGUGAAGAACAGAAGGUAAGUAAGUGUGAGCAAAACCACGUGGAGGAUGGCAGUGAUGGUGAUGAUGAGAAUGACAGCAUAAGUGACGAUGAAGCCCAGCACGAGAAGGAGAAAAACCGACAGAAGCGAGAAGUGAAGGAUAAACAGAACCAAAAUAACAAUAUCUUAGAACUGCCAUCCAGAAUAGAAGCAAAACUAGACAGUGAUGUUGAACUGGGGGAGGCAGACGUGCAGAAAGCGAAUGUAGCAGAAUUGCAGUUAGUAGGUGAGAAUGCUAGUGGAAAAGAUGAAGAGACAAGUGAUGAAGUUGACGAGCUUGAUGAGGAGGAUUCAGCUCCGAGGGAAUCGCCCAUUGUAAGAAGUUAUUCUUUGAGUGCCAUCAUGAGUAGUUCCCUUCGAGACCUGUUUCUUGCACAAGCUCCGGUGGCGACACCAAGGAGAAAGAAAAGUGAUGUGCAUCAGGAUGAGGUGAAAGAAGCAGACAAAGACUCGGACAGUGAGGACAAAGAUCUCAAACAGGAGGAGAAAGAGGCAAGGAAAGAUCCGAAGGAGAAACAGAAGAAAAAGAAGAAAGAAGACAAGGACAAUGGUGACAGGAAAGAGAAAAAAAACAAAG